AUGAACAUGAAAGCAAGCCCGGUCCUGACGGCGCUGUUCGCAGCGGCGAUCGGGUUCUUGGUCGGCAUUUCUUUUCCUGUGGACAUCACACCAAAGCUUCAGUGUGGCAUCCUGCCUUGGAGCAGCAGCGGUGGCGCUGUGAACUGCAGCUUAUGGGGGGACUAUGGGGGGCACAGCAGCACGCUUGGCAGACUAUGGGGGGCGCCGUUCAGGAAUAGCAACAAUGGUUCCCCAAAUGCCACCAGUUCAGCGCCGACUGUAGAGGUUGCAGCAGCAAAACCUCAAGGCUCGGAGAGGCGGCUGCCACCGGGGAUCCUGGUCCUGGACUCCGAUCUUCACCUGCGCCGGCUCUGGGGGUCCCCGAGAGAGGACAGCGCGACUGGCAAGUACCUCCUCGCACUCGCGGUAGGGUACGGCGAGAGAGCCAACGUCAAUGCAACUGUUCACAAGUUCUCGGACAACUUCGACAUCGUGCUGUUCCACUAUGAUGGCCGCACGACGGAGUGGGACGAAGAGUUCGAGUGGUCCAAGGAGGUCGCUCAUGUCAGUGCCAGAAAGCAAACCAAAUGGUGGUUCGCCAAGAGGUUCCUGCACCCGAGCGUGGUGGCGCCCUAUGACUACGUGUUCGUGUGGGACGAGGACCUUGGUGUCGACAACUUCACCGCGGAACCGUACCUGGACAUCGUGAGGAGGCACGGGCUGGAGAUCUCGCAGCCGGGGCUGGACACGACCGAGGGGUCGGCGCCGAUGUACGACAUCACUGCCAGGAAAAACGGCAGCGAGAUGCACAAGACAGAUGCAGGGGGUGAGCACUGCUGGGACGUGCACAAGCGGCCGUGCAGCGGGUUCGUGGAGAUGAUGGCGCCGGUCUUCUCGAGGGAUGCGUGGAGAUGCGUGUGGCACAUGAUCCAGAAUGACCUUGUCCAUGGAUGGCCUAUCGACUCCUAUUUCUGGAGAUGUGUCGAUGAUCCGGAAGAGCAGAUUGGCGUCGUAGACGCGCAGUACGUGGUCCAUCGUGCAGUCCCGACGCUCCAGGGCGAGGGCGACAAAGAAAAGCCAGGAGGCCGUUUUGAGGUAAGAGCGCGUCAAUUUGAGGAGCUGGAGGCCUUUAACUCUAGGUUUGCCAAUGCGGACAAGGAACUCGCCAACAAAUCGUCAUCAACACUAAAUUAG